AGGGAAGCAUCCCCUCUCACUCCCUUCUCUGCAUGUGAGAAGCUGUACUGGACAGAACCACCAUCAUGCCUGGCCUGAUCAACAAGAGCAAAUGGAGCGCUCUGCCUCUCAGCGUCUCAGACAUCACUUCCUGUGUCAGGGGUUACACCCUGGCAAUGACAGCCUCCUUGACCUAUGAAAACAUCGAAGAUCACCCUGUCGAGGGAAUCUUUAUAUACCCUCUGGAUGAGUUCAGCGUGGUGGUCGGGUUCGAAGCGAUGAUUGGCAGCCAGAUAAUAACCGUGCAGGUCAAAGAUAAAAUGAAAAUCGAUGACUGUUACUUUGAUUGCUGCAAUGCCAAUGGAACCCCGCAGAGCAGAGGUGGACAUAUCGUUUUGGAUGAGGAUCAGGAGACGACAGUGCUGGUGGUCAGUCUGGGGGUCAUUCCCCCUCUGGAGACCAUUAAUAUACUGGUCAGCACCUCCUCAGAGCUCAGCACACUCCCUAAUGGGGGAAUUCGGGUGAGCUCACCACCCGUCUGCUCUCCAAGAGUCCAACGUUCUGUCAAAGAGGAGCAGGCGUUUUCGCCCAGCACUGCUCGGAGGAGGGAUCAGCAUCACUGUGCAGUGGGAACCCACGAGCAGACGGCCUCAGGAGUGUGUUUGGCUGCACUGUUGGAGGAAGAGACCAUUAACUCUAUUGACUAUGAGUUUAAUUUCCAUCUUGAGAUCAGAGGGCCGUAUUUACUGGCAGGUGUGGAAAGCCCCUCACACGCCAUCCGGGCGGACGCUGAGCCCACGGCUCGCUCUGCCACCAGCAUUGUGGUCACACUGGCAGACAAGUACACCUACGACUGCCCUGUGGAGAUACUGAUCUACCCCAGUGAGCCCCAUCUGCCACACGUUCUCAUCGAAGACGGAGACAUGACGCCGGAGGAAUACGAUGAGCAUCUGAAAAGACGGAACGACUACAUAAAGGCCACCAAGAAGGACUGCAGUAAUGAAAAGACGGUGGACAUCAUUCGGAAGAGGCUCCAUAAAGACAUCCUCCACAACCCCGUGGCCAUGCUGAACUUCUGCCCAGACCUCCGUUCGACGACCUCUGACCUGCGGAGCAUUCAGGGGGAAUACAUCUUCUUCAUCGACCGCAGUGGAAGCAUGAGUGGGGCCAACAUCAAUCGAGUUAAGGUUAGGAUGCUUGUGCUUCUGUGUUACACUAACUCUGGCCCUCACUCCCAAUGCUUAUUAACUUUUGAUGACAUCCUAAUUUAUUCAGCAGAGAGCUUGGCGUUGGCUUGUGAGCAUAUGAAGAAGAUCCGGGCUGACAUGGGCGGCACAAACAUACUGGCUCCUCUCAACUGGAUCCUACGGCAGCCCAUGCAGAGAGGUCACCCUCGCCUGCUCUUCCUCCUGACCGACGGAGCCGUUAGUAACACGGGGAAAGUUAUUGAGUUGCUCCGCAGCCACGCCAGGUUCACCAGGUGUUAUACGUUCGGGAUAGGCCAGGGUGCAUGCAGAAGGCUGGUUUUAGGACUGGCCGCUGUUUCCAGAGGCACAGCUGAGUUCCUGGCAGAAGGAGAACGACUGCAACCCAAGAUGAUUAAGUCGCUGAAGAAGUCCAUGACAUCAGUACUGACUGACAUCUCCAUUGAAUGGCUGUAUCCAGAGACAAAGGAGAUCUUGCUCUCUCCAGUCGGGGCGACCUGUCUGUUCCCUGGUGACCGGCUGAUUGGAUACAGCGUGGUCUGUGAUACCUCCAGAUAUCACUCCAACCCCAAAUCAGACAAACGGAGGCGGUACAGCAUGAUGCGUUCCAACGAGUCGUCCAGUUCAGUGUUCUAUCACUCUCAAGAGGAGGAUGCUGGGAAGGUUUCCUCUGACGGUCAGGGGCCGCACAGGGACAAUCAAGUCAGCUCGCUGCGGUACAGCAUGAUGCUUUCCAACGAGUCGGCCAGUUCAGUGUUCUAUCACUCUCAAGAGGAGGAUGCUGGGAAGGUUUCCUCUGACGGUCAGGGGCCGCACAGGGACAAUCAAGUCAGCUCGCUGUUUGACGGUUGCCAGGAGACCAUGUCCGAGAGCAGUCCUGUUGCCACGGAGCAAGACAUUAUGGGAACUGACAUAGCCACCUCUCCGCGAAGACGUGCUUACAGCACCAAUCAGAUUGUAGAUUACAACCCCAUGAAGAAGGCCUACACCCCUAGUGACCCCAGCUCAGUGGUGGGCAAAAACCCUCUUAGAAGAGCAAAAGUCCAGGAACUCAUAGGACAGACACAUCCUGACCACGGAGCUCAGUGGAAAAUGGACUACCAGCCACAGUUGGCCAGCCUGUGUGCCACAUCCUCAAGAGGACGUCCCAUAACUGCUCACAAACCUCCAGCGCAGCAACCAGAGGGUCUCCAGGGGGAGUCCAAGGUGGAUCAGACCCAUCCCGGCCCAGUCGUGGAAGACGGCUCCAGGUCUUCAACUGACAGCCCUUCUUUAGGCAGCACCGGCGAUGCAGAUGGCUACACGCAUCAGCUUUGCGAAGUCGAAACGCCCCAGGAUCCUCACGCGCCAGAAUUCAAGGCCAGUCACGGAAAGGGAGAUUGCAAAGCGGUCAUAUCAGGACUGCUGUGUGGGAAGCCCAUGAGAUGGGAGGUGGCCUUUGACAUCCAGCCUUACCUGAAAGGCCGAGAGCGGGAGGAGAAAGUUCACGAGGACCUGUGGAACGAAACCUUCCAUCACCUGGCGGGACGCUCCAUUAUUCAAGACUUUGAACACAUGGUGGAUAAAGAGUGUGAGAUUGAGCAUGGUUCUGGGAGAAGGUACCAGCUUUACGCCAUCCACACGAGCAAAGCCUGCAACAUCUUGAGCAAAUACACAGCGUUUGUACCUAUCGAUCUGGACAGCAAUGAAUAUUUACCCACUUGCAUUGAGUACAGCCAUCCCGGGGAGGAUCAUAAACGAAGUUCGCACUGCAGUUCUCGUUCCGGCAGCAGGAAGAACCGUGGUUACUCUGUGGGUCUGGGUCGCUCGCAGUCAGGAGGUUUGCCUGGGCAAGAAGAUGCAGCGUUAUGCUACAACGAUUCAUCCCAAGCCCCCUGCAAAACACCCUCAUCCUCCAGCUGGGAACGAUGUAGCUCUUCUGAAGCCUCUCAAAGGAGUCCAUCGGUGACCUCCGACCCCUCGCAGAGAUCAGUCGAGAGCCUUUUCUCCGCCAGCAAGCUGAGCCUGAGCAGGACACGUCUCCUGACGAAAGCCGCCAGGGGCUUCAUGAGCCGGUCGCAGAGCAAAAUCAGCAACUCAGUGGGAGAGAGUGAAAAUGACAACAAGGACUACAUCCCUCUGGUGUCAUUGCAGCUGUCCUGUGGGGCGUUCAUGUUGGACAGUGCCUUGUGUGAUGCCAUCAACGUGCCCAUGGACAAGCUGAAGUGGACGUCGCCCUUCACCAGCCACAGACUCAGCCUUACUCACGUGUCCCACUCCGGCUCCCGGCGCUCCGAGAGUCUGGAGGUCCACCACGGCUCCUCGCCUCCUCCAAAAGACUCAGACUUCAACUCCGAAUUCGAGGAGGUGGUAUCCCGCACGUCUUCUUCCUCAUUCCAGGCCCGAAGCCCUCGGAUGGAGGGCGAGCCUUCGUUGUUGAGCGGCUUCUCGUCGAUGUCGACCGAAGCCCCUCCAUCGCCUGUCAACUCUUUGUAUGACAGCGGACGGGGGUCUGAGUCUGAAAUCACGGAGACGCCCCUGCCGGGUUCGCCCGGGAUCCUGCGAAGGGCCGUGCAAGACCCAGAGGGGAUGGUGUGGGCGACUGCUGUUGCUCUGGCCUGGCUGGAACACAGUUCGGCCAGUUAUUUCAUUGAGUGGGAGAUGAUCGCCGCCAAGGCCAGCAUGUGGCUAGAUGAACAGAUCGUCCCAGAGGGCCGAGACCUGGCGUCGGUCAAAGCCACGGCCAAUCAACUCUUCAUCAUCCUCAGACACUGGGACGAGAACUUGCAGCUCAACAUGCUCUGCUAUAACCCCAACAGCGUGUGAGGCCUGAUAGGGUAGGGACAAAACUUCAAACUAUGCGAAACGAGGGUUUUACUCGCCUUGAGUUGUUUUAAUAUUUAUUCUGUGGGUUUCGUUUUAGUUUUAUGAAUAGAAAUCGUACCAGUAUUUCAUCCGCCGAAGGCCAGAAACAUACUCUGCACAGGUACGUAGACGCCAAUGUAUUGCAAGCUUCCUAUAGUAUAUAUGUAACUUGUUUUCUUGCAUUACUGUAGCAGUAACAAACUUGUAAAAGACUGUAUCUGUCUCCUAUUGAAAAAAU